AUGUCGGAGGAGGCCGCCGCCAAGCUCGGUGUAGGCAAGAUCAGGCAGGUUAUCGGUGCCGUCGUUGACGUUCAGUUUGCCAACACCAAGGAGCUCCCAGCUAUCCUCAAUGCCUUGGAGGUUCAGGAUCACGACAUUCGCCUCGUUCUUGAGGUCGCCCAGCAUCUUGGUGAGAACACCGUGCGUACGAUUGCUAUGGACGCCACCGAAGGUCUCGUCCGUGGUCAGCCUGUCGUUGACACUGGAAACCCUAUUAUGGUUCCUGCUGGCCCCGAGCUUCUCGGCCGUAUCAUCAAUGUGAUCGGAGAGCCUGUUGAUGAGCGUGGUCCUAUCGUUGCCAAGACCGCUAAGUCUAUCCACGCAGACGCCCCUACCUUUGCGGAGCAGUCGACUGAGGCUGAGAUUCUUGUUACCGGCAUCAAGGUCGUCGACCUUCUUGCCCCAUAUGCCAAGGGAGGAAAGAUUGGCCUGUUCGGAGGAGCUGGUGUCGGCAAGACUGUGCUUAUCAUGGAGCUCAUCAACAACGUCGCUAAGGCUCACGGUGGUUACUCCGUGUUCGCCGGUGUUGGAGAACGCACCCGUGAAGGCAACGAUUUGUACCACGAGAUGAUUGAGUCUGGUGUGAUCAAGCUCGAUGGCCCCGGAUCCAAGGCCGCUCUCGUUUACGGACAGAUGAAUGAGCCGCCAGGUGCCAGAGCCCGUGUUGCUCUUACCGGUCUCGCUGUUGCGGAGUACUUCCGUGAUGAGGAGGGACAGGACGUGCUUCUUUUCAUUGACAACAUCUUCCGUUUCACUCAGGCCAACUCCGAGGUUUCUGCCUUGCUUGGACGUAUUCCAUCUGCUGUUGGUUACCAGCCCACUCUUGCUACGGAUUUGGGUGGAUUGCAGGAGCGUAUCACCACCAACCGCAAGGGUUCCAUCACCUCCGUUCAGGCUAUCUACGUUCCUGCUGACGAUUUGACCGAUCCUGCCCCUGCUACCACCUUCGCUCACUUGGACGCCACCACUGUGCUUUCCCGUUCCAUUGCUGAGUUGGGAAUUUAUCCCGCUGUGGAUCCUCUCGAUUCCACUUCUCGUAUGCUUGACCCGCGUAUCAUCGGAGAAGAUCAUUACACCAUUGCACGCCAGGUUCAGAAGACCCUCCAGGAUUACAAGAACUUGCAGGAUAUCAUUGCUAUUUUGGGAAUGGACGAGCUUAGUGAGGAUGACAAAUUGACAGUAGCCCGCGCUCGCAAGAUUCAGAAAUUCAUGUCUCAGCCCUUCCACGUUGCUGAGGUGUUCACGGGAACUCCAGGAAAGUUCGUUUCAUUGGAGGACAACAUUGCUGCGUUCAAGGGUCUGGUGUCUGGUCAGUACGAUGACCUUCCUGAGGCUGCGUUCUACAUGGUCGGAAACAUUCAGGAGGUUCAACAGAAAGCGGCAGAGUUGGCAGCAGCCAGCAACUAA